AGAACCGACACUUCUGGACCGCUCCCCUCCAUCCUCACCUCACGUUGGUAGCAUCCCUCAUUUGUCUGUUCUGUGAUCUGCAAGAGGACCAACAACGCCAUACAUAAUCUGCGAGACAAACACAUGUAAACUUGGUCAACACAGGAGUGCAUACCUUACACAACAGAAACAUGAACUCUAUCGGCGCCACGGCCCAACCCGAUGCUUCGGGUGCCCCGCCGAAGCAAAUGCCCUAUAUCCCGAACUUGAAGUUGAACGAUGGCAACGAGAUCCCAAUGAUUGGAUAUGGUCUCGGUACCGCCAACUUCAAGCGCAAUGACAGCAGCUUCGACCAGGCCAUCGUUGAUAUCACCGUCAAAGCCAUUAAGACGGGUUACUUCCAUCUUGAUGGUGCUGAAGUCUAUGGCAACGAGGAAGAACUUGGAGCCGCCAUCAAACAGGCCGGGAUUCCGCGCGAGAAACUCUACGUUGUCACCAAGCUCAACCCCACCAAAAAGCAAAACACCCAAGAGGCCUUUGAGCGCUCCCUCAAGAAACUGGGCCUGGACUACGUAGACCUCUACCUCAUCCACGCCCCUUACAUGGCAGAUACCCCAGACGAGUUGCAGACUAUAUGGGCCGACCUUGAAGCCAUCAAGGCCUCCGGCCGCGCUCGUUCCAUCGGUGUCUCCAAUUUCCUCCAGGAGCACCUCGAAACCAUCCUCAAAACCGCCAAGGUCACCCCCGCCAUCAACCAGAUCGAGUUCCACCCGUACCUCCAGCACAGCGACCUGCUCGAUUUCCACCGCCGCCACCGCAUCGCCGUCUCCUGCUACGCCCCGCUCACCCCAAUCACUCGCCAGGACGCCCAGGGUCCCGUGCCGGAGAUUUGGCGCCGUCUGGCGACCAAGUAUGGAGUCUCCGAGUCCGAGAUCGGGCUGCGCUGGUGCAUUGACCAAGGCCUCAUCGUUCUUACCACGAGCUCCAAGGAGGAUAGGCUCGUGAAGUACUUGUCCAAGCUCCCCUUGUUCAAGCUCACGCCCAAAGAGGUCGAGGAGGUCGCUGAGGCGGGUAAGACGGUGCAUUAUCGUGCCUUUUGGAGAGACAAGUUCGACGCCGACGACAGACGUUAAGACGUCCUCGUCGUGGCGAAGGAAUAGGGCGCCAUGCCAUCCCAAUAUGGCAGAGUGAUUAUGAAGGACCUGCCCUUCUAGGCAUUGUGAACUUCUUAGGACAUCGCCAUGAGUUGGCCGUCAUGUGAAAUGCAGGUAUAUUGCAUCAUGUUGUCCAGGCCCGGUUGUAGAAUGGAUCAAACGGCCCACGCUCUUUCUCAUAAAUCGAUCACAGCUCAUCGUCCGACU